AGAGACUCCCGCGUCCGGGAUUCCCCAAUUGCGGAAGAAGACGAGUCUACUGCCAGCGAGCCGACGGAACCUCUUACUCCCAACAGCCAUACCAGCGACUCUGCCCCUUUCACUCACCCCUUCUCUGACCCUUUCCGUAAGAAUGAGCACGCCGACUUCCUAACCCCUGCCGUUGCCAUGACGGACGGCGACGUGAAGCCGCUGCCAGCUGCGACCUCGCAGGCACCUCCAGCAACGUCCGCGGCUAGUCGCACGCCCUCUGUUCUCAAGGUGAGCGCACCAGCGGAGCCGCACUCGUCACUUGCGCCCGAGAAACCAGGCCUGGGGAAACGCGUCGGGUCUUUCGUGCGUGGCAAGCUUCAUCGUGCGGCGUCGCACAAGGAUGGACCCAAUCAAAAUGAGAACCCCAAGGCGCCUCCAAAGCACGCCCACAAGACGGAGAAAAUGAUUGUCAAGACUGGCGUAGAUGGUCCUGCAGAAGUCUCCACACCGGCUGUGGAUAUUCCACGGUCCGGUCGGAGGUUCAGUUCGUUCUCUCUGUCCGGCCGCAACACCCCUAAAUCUUCGAAUUCCAUUUCUGGACCACCCUCACCUGGAUCGCCACACAGUACCAUCUCAAACGACCAUGGCCAAGGGAGAUUGCGACCAAGCCACAAGCACUCAGCAUCAUCUACUGCAAUCUCGAACAUGACCAAAGAGAAGGCUUCAGGCGUGAAAUGGGCUGGCACUAGCGGAAGAGGCGGAAAGCGACACACGUGGACACGGAGACGCUCAGCAAGUACAGAACAGGUUCCCAAGAUGGAGUUCGACGACGAAGAGGCGACUGCGGCUUUGAUGGCAACUUACUCCAAGCCAGCUAACCGUGGAGUCGGAUCGAAAGCCCGCCGUCUGAGUUUGAGUCUACCGGAUGAGUUCGUGGUGGACUGCUGCGACCUCGACAAAGAGUUCAAGAGCUCCAGUCUGAUGCCCGGCAAGAGAGGGAAGAUAUUGGGCAAAGGAGCCACUUCUGAGGUUCGCAUCAUGGCGCGGAGAGGGUUCGGGGGAGAAGAUUUGGUCGCUGUGAAAGAGUUCCGUCCCCGAGACAAGGACGAGACCGAAAGCGACUACGUCGACAAGAUCAAAUCCGAGUACAGCAUUGCGAAGAGUCUCCACCACCCCAACAUAGUUGAGACUGUGCGGCUUUGCACGAACCGUGACAGGUGGAACCACGUCAUGGAGUAUUGCGCGUACGGUGAGCUCUUCUCGCUAGUAGAGCGCAAACUCUUUGCAGGCGGCACCGAAGGAUACUACUCCCCGGAAGAUCGUCUCUGUUUCUUCAAGCAGCUGCUGCGGGGCGUCGACUACUUGCACAGUCACGGCAUUGCGCAUCGCGAUAUCAAGCUGGAAAAUUUGCUGCUCAACAAGGAGGGACAUCUGAAAAUCUCCGACUUCGGUGUUGCGGAAGUCUUCUGCGGUGUCCACCCUGGUCUAAGACAUGCAGGUGGCGAAUGCGGAAAGAACAUGGGUGAAGUGCGGCUGUCUGAUCCUGGGAUCUGCGGCAGUCUUCCCUACAUCGCACCUGAGGUUCUGGAAAAGAAGGGCAAAUACGACCCCCGACCACUUGAUAUCUGGUCAUGCGCUAUCGUCUAUCUCACCAUGACCUUCGGAGGCUGCCCGUGGCAAGCAGCUAAGCCAGACUUCCCAUACUACGCCAGGUAUAAGAAGGGCUGGGACGAGUGGUUACCGAACCAUCCGCAUGAAGAUAUCACCCCUGAUAACCAUCCCAAAUGCGGCAAGCUCUUCAGUCUUAUCAACCCUCCCCCACUCAAGCGCAUGAUGCUGAAGAUGCUCCACCCAAAUCCCGACAAGCGCAUUACGAUCCGCGAAAUCCUCGAUACGCCGGUAAUCAAGAACAUAGCAUGUUGUUGCCCCGAGAGCUACGAGGACCCAAAGUACGUGAUUGACGCGUCC